AUGCCUCAAAAGAACAACAAACAUCGAUUGGGAAAACUGAAAACACUUUCCAACGGGAAGGACGCCAUCUUGUUGGUAAGAUAAUCCUCAAUCAGCCAAUCAAAACUAAUAACAAAUUCAAGUAACGAUUGGUCAGACACGAAUCACGUGGAAUAAUCGUAGAAUAUGAUUGGUUUUUAUUUAAAAAUGUCAAAAGUUCGAAUUUCGGCGGCGAGCAAAGAUAAACUAGAAGAAAAAUACGUAGCUGAAAAUAUGUGUUCGGAGCAAAAUUAUAUUUUCCUUUUCCUUUCAAAAAAAUAGAAGUAGAAUAUGUUUUAGUGUCUGUGAUGGGGUCUUUUUUCUCGAUUCUUAAACCCGAAGACUUGAAUAAAAGAAUGAAAAUUUAAACAAAUUAUUUCUUCGCCGGGAAAAAUAACAAAAAUAUAGCUUACUUUGACUUUAUCUUUGUCUUCUUUUUUUAAUCCGAAAACAGCACGACAACAUUUAAUUUUCGAGUCAAAUCUCGCGGGAAAGUCAAUGACCAAAACGAAAUCGAGGCAAGCGAAAAAUACCUUGUUCUGAUUGGUUGCCGUUUGAAAUCUACACUUCCCAACGAACAGCACAUCGAUUUCAUUUUCACUGCAGCUAUUUCUAUUCAAAAGAAAUUCGUCGAUCGUCUCCAAUUUUCUCCCCGGAUCGGAUUUUCUCAUAAUUUGCGUUAUUGCAGUUAACAAUAUGUUUCCAAAGGCCAAGAGGUUUCAAGACACAGGUAAGACGGGAAAAUAUAAAAAUCGUGCAGGAUUAUUGCAUUAUCAUGUGUCGGUCUCCACAACAUAUCAACUUUGAAACUGGCUUGAAAAAAUGCAGUUUACGUUUAACCCAGCUUCGAUAGAGGAAUUCUCCACACUAUCUUGAGAUUUAUUUCCUGUGUUUCUGUUUAACUGCUCAACUUUGCUCCACUCUCCAUAUGUCUCCAUAUUACUACGGAUGAAAUGAAUCAGUUUUGCGUUUCAGGAAUCCAGUCAUAACUUCCAGUUUUUCGUUGAGAGUCUCUUGCACCCUACACUGCUGUUAAGAAAAGAAUUUUCGAAUUGCCAGACUUCUGUUUAUAAGAUUCUGGUGCCUAUUAUUCUGAUUAUUGUUUACCCUGCGAGCCGAGGCCUUUCGAUCUUUUAAAGUUUUAAUUUGGGAUAACAAAGGGCCUCUGCUCGCUGGGGAUCGAAAAUUUUUGAACAAGCCUUAUUCAUGAAAUUUAUUAACCUGAUAUGAGAGUUGCCCAUACAUUGUAUCUUGGUUAGUUCUUGACCAAGAUACAUAAUUAUAUGACAUACAUGUAAGGUACCUGUAUUAAUUAACGCCACAGUAGUUUCAAAUCAGGUUGAUUGCUUAUUUAGUUAUAGACAUUGUUACCUGUAGGCUUAAAUUUUAUUUUGUCAGGUUCAUUACAUGUCUUCACACAGCCAGGUGUUUCUUUAAUUGUGCAAUGUGAUUGGAGGCAAUGUAUUGCUCAUUAUCACUACACAUAAAUCCAAAAUCUCCUGAAGUUGGAUUUUUACUUAAUCCUCCCUCGACUCUAAUAUUGUGUUUAUAACCAUCAUGAUUUGAUUGUCAGAGAGCACAAUCCAGAACUGAAAAAAUGUUUUUAAUUGUAGUAUCUCAAGCGCCCCCAGUUGGAUCGUACGAAAUCAAAACCCAGAGACAUGGUACGGCACCUGGGUUUGGAAAGGGAAAGCGAUUUGCAGAAUUGAAAGGUUGGUCUGGAAACUAGGAAGCAUUUCUUGAAUGGUCAAAUCAUCAGUCCACUGGUUUCAAAAUAGUGAACAAAAUGUCAAGUUGGUUAUUUUAUAGUACUAUCACUCCACUGAUAAGACAAUCAAUGUGAAAAGUACCAAACUGAACUGAGAAUGAAACAAUUAUGAAUCAUUUAUCUAAAGCAGACUGUAUCACAAAAAUUGGCAUCAUCUGUAUCCUACAACUUUUGGUUUCACCCUAAUACCCUGCCAGCUACAAAAACCUACCCCUGGAUGCUUACAGUAGAUAUAAAAGCAGGUAGCCAACAAUGCUUUUCUACAAUGCACCUUCAGUAACAAAUUCGAAGCACAUCAUUUUGUGGUCACUUAUUUCUGAACUGUAGUAUAAUCAAAACAGAAGAACAGAAAUUGAAAUAAACAGUGAUUACAUUACAAAAAAAAAUAGUCAAAACAGAAGACAAGCAUGUGCAAAAAAUGAUUAACAUGUAGAAUAAAACAAAUUUCCCAACAUAAUGUGAACCCGGAUGACAAAAAUAACAAUUCUGUACAUAGUGCUGUCAGUAUACUAGUAUAUACUUCCUGGGACUAAUUUACUCCCAUGUCUCUAAAUACUAUUAAUGAUAACUUGUUAGUAAAUGACAUAAAAAUACACAUCAUUCUCUUGUGUUGUUUUAGAUACUGGACCAGCUAACAGUAGCUUACUUGGUGAGCAAAAUAAUUAUUUGAUGAUUUUAACAACAUAAUCAACUAGUAUAGUCUGUAUUAAUUUUAUGCUAGAAUGGUUGGGCAUUCUGAUGAUAAAAAAGUUAUUUUUGCUGACAUUUUUUCAACCUUAGAAGAUUUACAUGUAGUUGUUGGUCGCUUGUUGUACAGUACAAAAUAAUGAUCAUGCUCUCCUACGCAACCACCCUGGAAAGUCGAAAAAGUGGUCGUAACUAGAGGUGGUCGCUUACUAGCAACCACACACACGAAUGGUAAAACAAUUGAGGGUGCAUGGCUGCUUAUGAGAGCUUAAGGAUCUCGUCAAUAAUUCAUAAAGAAAAAACAAAAUAAAUUAAUGUUACAUGUUGAGUGUCUAUAUAUCUGAUACAGACAACGGUGAACACUUUACUUCCAAUUUUUUUGGACGAAAAUAACCCCAAGAAACAAAAAGAUAAUUGAAUAGAACCAAAAGAAAUCCUGAACAGAUGUUAUGAAACUUUCCCCUCCUUUGCAUAUAUCCAGCAACUAAAAAUGAUAUGGUUUUCUCAGUGUAAUGCUUAGAAGCCUAACUUUUUUCUCAAUCCUGAAUGUUCUAGAUGCCAGUACUUGCAGCAACUCAAGUCAAAAUGGCACCAAGUGCAGUGGCUCUGUAAGUAGAAUAAUGAUGUGUUGAAUGGAGAUUUCUCAUUACCAUUUUGAACAAUUAUAAUUUUGCAUUUCUUUCAAUUAUUAAUAAAAAUUCACUGUUUUAAGCUGUUUAAGAUUCUUCCCUAUCUUUACCAGGAGUUUGCCACUCCUCUGCCAUUUCGUAAAAGCAGGAAAAUGUCUUCCUCCACUCCAAACCCGAAAGGGGAUCAAUCAGCAUUAGAAAAUGAGGUAAUAACUAAGUUGUGUCAGCACCUUUUUAUUCUAUGUAAUAUCAGAUUUAGGCUACGUUCACUUGAUACCAGUCAAAUUUUCGACCUGUUGAGAAUUUGUACUUUUAGGUGUUUCAUUCACACAGAACCACGCUAACUGCAAAAAAAAUUUGAAUGCCUAACCAUUUAAAAUGUGAACACUAAAAUCAAGGUCAUAUUUUUUACCGGUACAGUCAAAAAGGUGUCAUCGUGACCGGCUAAAUUUUAGUCCAGCAGAGGCAUGGUUGCAUGGAUGUGUGGUUAUGAGAGGAAGAUUGCAAACAGAUAUUGGAUUUACGAAUCGGAAAUUCAACCGGCACUGUGAAAACGUAGCCUUACGGACAAACCUAAAAAAGGACGAUGUACAACAUAAUGGUCUCUUCCAAAUGUUGCCAGACACUUGGGUCUUCUAGUGGCACUGAAGGAUGACCUAUGUUCUGGUAUCUUUUGCUUGAGGCCUGAAAUUUAGGCAAGCUUGAUUUGUGGAGCUUGAGACAUGCCGAGCCAAGCAUGUAUGUAGCUUUGCAGGCCUGUUAAACUUGAGCAGAUGCGAUCGCGAUAUUCUAGUUGAUUCAAAUAUUAAAGAUUAGUAUUUAGCCGCACGUAUUUAAUAAAUAAAUAAAAAAAAUAAAGGCUAAUGAGAAGAGGUACUGUUGAUGUUUUCAAUGAGGAUUUAAAUUCAAGUAUAUCAGUGACUUCAAGGCAUCCUGGAUAAUAUCAGCCCCUAUAACCAUAUUCCAAAUACCUACAUAUUGUCACUCUGAGUGAGCAACAGCUGGCCUGAGCUGAGUCAGGUUUUGUUGACACCUAAAUUUAUGGGUCCUCACUGCAAAAUGUAAUCCACAGUACAAAACAUACCGUAAAAUUCCAAAAAUAAGCCCCUCCAUGUAUAACCACUCCAAAUAUAAGCCCCCCAAACUUGUAACGCAAAAACACCUCUGUUAAAUCGCCCCUCCAAAUAUAGACCCCCCCGGGGGCUUGGAAAUUGCCCUCAAAUGCAAAAUUUCCUUCCAGCUAUAAGGCUGGCCCAAUUGAUUUUGACAUGCAAAUUUCCCUCCAUGGAUAAGCCCCUCCAAAAAUAAGCCCCUCAAAAAGGCCCUUUGAAAAAUAUAACUCCCGGGGCUUAUUUUCGGAAUUUUAUGGUACUUGAUGCAGACAGAAUUAAUUAAAUCAAUUAUUUGGCUGUUUCCUUUUCCUCCUACAUGAAUAUGACUGUAUGAGUAAUUUAGGGUUUAGACAACAAAGGAAGUUCUCAAAUAUUAUUUCAUUAUAGAUAUCAAGGCUCUUAUCAGAGAGAACAGAACUUGAAAACAGACUUUGUAUGGCUCAACAGCAAGUCCAAGACCUGGAAAACAAAUUCCAGGUAUAUAUACAUGAAUGUACUGGUUGUAAUUAAGAAUUUUUUUCUGAAAAGUAAAUAUUGCAGCAAAUUAUGUUGUUCUGUUGUUGCCAUCAGCCUUUCAGUAGAUGAAACUGAAUUUAUUUUUAAUAGUCUUUGUUACAAGAAAAAACAUGCCAUGAAUCAACCAUUGCUGAUCUUCAAAAGGAAGUGCAAGUUUUGACAGAAGACAAGGAUCAGAUAUUGGUGAAAUUACAGGUUGGCCAUUUGUUUUGUCUUUUACUUUAGAUUAGGAGUUCAAGUUUUCUGGGUCAAUCAUCAAUUAUGCUAGCAGCACCAAGUUGACUAUGUCUAGGAUGAGUAGCAUAUAGAUGAAAUAUUUAAGCAAUAGACCACACUUUCUAUGGGUUUAACGGCGUGAUAACCCACGCGGGAUGUUGGGAGAACACGAGAAAAACUUGUAAAUCACGAGCUGGAGGCCAGUGAUUUACAAGAUUUUCGAGUGUUGUCCCUACAUCUCAAGGGGGCUAUCACGUUGGUAUUUACCCAUAGAAAGUGUGAUCUAUUGCUUUUAUAAAAUAACUUUAAGUUUUCUAUGAGUUUACCAGCCCAAUAAACCAUAGGUUUUUAACCAAUCAGAAUGCUUGUAUUACGUUAUUUUAUAAAAUAGAAUAAACUAGCUAGCUAUCUUCAGUUCUAUUAAGUUUUCAUGAAGAUAUACAUGUAUAAAAACAAGCUUUUUCCUUGCUAGAUAAUUUCAAUUCCUAAAAGCAUCAUUGUUGUUUGUCCAAAAUAAAGAACUAAAGACUAUACAUUUGUGCUUCUUACCAGGCCUAUUUAGCAGCUAGCAGUAAACUUGAAACAUUGGAGGAAGAGCUGCAAACUGUGAGGUCUCAAUUACUGUGUAAAGAAGGGGUAAGUCAAUAUUACAUAUAAUCAUAGUUCUCUUUUAGUUAAAUCCAUUCACUUGCAAAUGCAUAUAAACUUCACUAAUUUUCUAAAAGUACAUCUAAGCAGUACAGAAAAAGCUUGCAGUUAAUCAAACACUGAGCUUUUGGAGUGGCUGUCACACUUAUUGUCUUUCUCUAAGUUAAAUGGCAGAUACACUGGGAGCAGUUGCAUGUGAAUAGCUUUUAAAAGCAGCAUCACGUCAAAAUAAAUACUGUAAUUAUUGGUGCCUGCUUCUGCAAGGUGGUUGCUUAAGAGAGAUUCUAAAGAUGCUUUGUUUGGGAAAAUUUAGAUGCUGAUUACAUGAUUACAUUUGCCAACUAAAAGGUGACUUUUAUCUCAAUACUAGGAUCCCAUACCAAGGAUGAUUUUUCUUGCAUUUAGCUAACAUGCCAUGAUCUUGGCAAAGUGAGCAUACCCAGCUUGUGUAAUCAGCCUCUUGCUGCCUGGUAUUUUGGGUGUGUAGAAAAACAUCAUGUCAUGUUUGAGUCAGUCACUUAGCUGAAGCUACAAUUCAGAUAAACAAUGAAAAGCUCCACGCAAAAACGUCCCCUGUCCCCUCAUUUCCUUUUUGGAGGGGAAAUUUUUACAUAGAGCCCUUCGAUUAUUUCAUGCCUUGGUUAUUAUAUUUCUAACAAAAACGUUUCGUUAUUGAAUCUUCUGUAAAUUUAACCUCAGGUGAUAUCUACUCUUAAAAUGCAAGUGAGUUGUGCAGCUGAAAAUUCAAGGGCUGAUCUUGAAUUGGAACAAGAGAAGAACAAAGCUCUCACUGAGAGAAUCUCAUCCCUAGGUUAGUAAAUUAAUGAUUGUCAGUAACAUGUACAAAGAUGUACACAACCCAAUGUACACCUGCAUUCCAGCCUUAAAUUAAGUUUGGAUUCUAACAACACAGUUUCACGCUCUUCAAUAGCCUGAGAAAAAGGCAACAUUUUGUGAUGGUUUUCCUGCAAAAUGACAUCUGAGAAGGGAGUGAAGAAAUUCCAUACUACUGAUGCAUUGCAACUCUUCAAGGGUUUUCUUACACAGGCAGAGGUUCCUGUAGCAUAGAUGGUGUCCAAAUUCUAGGAGAGUCUAGGGGGCAUGGCGCUCCCCCGGAGAAUUUUAAAAAUGGAGUAACAGACAAUGCUGCUCAAAGGCAUUUAAGGCCUGAAAAAUUUGUUAUAAGAUCAUUGUCUUAAACUAGAUCAACUGUCAAUGUAAUGUUCCUUCAAAAUUCAGACUUCUGUUAUAGAAUUUGGGAAUAGCACAUAUCUUCAAUAUAUAAAACCCUUCAAGCCCCAGUGUCUACGUAUGUGUCUACUCCAUGCAUUUUCUUCGAGAAUUAGUUGAAAAAAUUAAAAAUUCAAACCUUUUUCCCUUUGGUGAUCAUUCAACCAGUUCUCUUAACCGGGGUGGGGGGUGGGGUUGUACUUCCUACUAACAGGUUAAUGGGGAUGUGCGGGUGGAUGGGGUCACAUUUUCACUGCCGGAUUGACCAUAAUGGGGUUGCAUUUUUAUUAGAGUUACUAGAAUGGGAUCGUACAUGCAUUUUUAGGAUUUAGGGGAUCAGAAAAUUCAGGUAGGUACAGAUUUAAAAAUGGGAAGAUUUUGAACCAAUGUGUGAAUUCAUUUCAGGACGACCUAGUUAAACGACUUUAUAGUGUAGAUGCAUAAACAGAAAGUGACUUUGUUGGGAUCACAAAAAUUACAUUUGCCCAAAUUGACUAAGAAGUGGUCUAUAUUUGGCAACAGAAUAGACUAUAAUGGGGUAGGAGUUCUGAGAGGCCAGGGGUACACACCCAGCAAAAAUUAACCCAAGUACCCGCCCUCUUGGGACUUGAAGGGUUUGAAAGUGAACAAAGCGCAUCUGCACAGGUUACCCAGGCUCAAUGAUGUACUACAGAACGAAAUCCUGUAAAAUUCUUGGCUUGCAACCACGUGACAAGGCGGCCAUGUUGGUGGUCAAUGCAAUAUAGUUUUUUCUUGAAGAAUUUACAUGAAAAUAGGGUUUCGUUUCCAGAGGAGAGAAAUACUUUUGUUCUUAACCCUAACACACCACCAACAUGGCCGCCGUGACGUCACGUGCAAACAAGCAAUUGCAGUGUUUGCAUAGGGUAAAGUUACGAACCUAAAAUAUGUAGGAAAUACUUAAAAGAAAAUUUAAAAAAAAGGUCAGUGUAACUUAUUAUGCAGUGUUCUACUCCUAAACGCUCACAUGGUUUUUCGUGCGUGAAAUCUGCUCAAAUUCUUUCUAUCACACAAGGUGUGGUGGGCUCGAGUCGCUUGCGAUGAAAUGUAAGCCUCUCCACUCCAUCUCUAACACGACGUUUUCACGAAAUUCGAUCUCCAACGGUUAAAAAACCAAUAAAGCUUCCCCUGCUAGCGAAAAGAAUCCAUCAGAAUUUAUGAAACUCGAAGAGGAGAAUCCAAACGGCUUUCGCCUAAGUGAAUUGGGCCAGAUCAAUGCGCGGCCAAUCGAGUCCUGGGCACUGUACAAAAUCAAAUCCACCCUGGGCUCCCCUAGUCUGCUACACAGCCGUUUUUAGUGUCGUCACGCAACGCUGCGUGACGACACUAAAAACGGCUGUGUAGCAGACUAGGGCUCCCCUGGGCUCCUUAGGUAUUGACCAUUAAUUGCACACCCCCACCGAAAAAUUGCAUAACCAUUGCCUUCGAUUCUCUUGGGACAACGUAAUACCCACCAGGAGAAAUGGAAACAAUGGUUAUAUGUAAAUUUUUGGGUAGCCUACGUUUCCAAAUUUUGGGUGGUAAGAAAGUUGCAUUAUGAUCUCGGUGAUAAUGUGAAUAAAAAACAUUUUCUCGAAGACUAUUGUUUACAUAAACCAAUCCCAAAAGCAAACUCCUCUAUACCGUGUGUGCAGCAAAAGAUAUAGGAGAAGUCUGCACGCAGGCAACUAUUCAGUAUGUGAGCUUAUGUGAGUGAAUGUGGAAUUAUUUGCCUUUGUUACUGAACAGACAGAACAGUUUCAGAAGUGACAAGUAACAGAGAUGAAGUCGAGGAAGCAAAUCAGAAACUUCAUGGUAAACAUGAUCUUAGUUCGGGGAAUAGACCUUUUCCGGUUUUUUUUUUUUUUCAACUUUUGACAUGGACAAGUUGGGGAAAAUCCAUCGACACCAAAGAGCGCCUUUAAGUGCAGAUAAGUAAAACUGCCUAGUUUGAGAAUGAUUUUUUGAAAACUAACGAACAUGUAGCUCCUCAAAGUCGCGAAAUGUUACAGACGUUUGUAUAAUAAUAAUAAUAACCUUUAUUUAUUACCUUUGGCGAUAAGAAUUAAGGUAAUAUAACAAUAAAAAUUCAAAACGCUACAUAUUAUAUGGAAUAAAUGAUUGUUUGUGCCUAACAGUGCGUGAUACAGGUAUUCUGAGGUGCGCUGGGUUAGUCUUACAAGAUCUUAGAUUAUGGCCAUGAUCCACUGGCUUGUCUAAAAAACGGUUGCAAGGAUGUGCUUCAGAUUCUAGGAUACGUUUAAAUUCUUUCCUCGUCAAAUUCUGAUGCCUAGUUACAAGUGACUGAACAGUAUCCCUAGGGAGACCAAUGACAUUUAGACAUCUAUUCUGCACUCUCUGUAAACCUUCUUCGAGGUAAAUGGGCAGCCCUCCCCAGACAGGCGAGGUAUAUUUUAAACAGGUCUAAUCUUAGUGAUGUAAGUUGUAAGGCCAAUGUCCCUGUGGAGAUAGGCUGUUCUACAGACCCUAAGAUAGUGGAUCCGUUUACACGCUUUGCUGACAAUACUUGAGACAUGUGUAUUCCACUUGAGAUCGUUCUGUACAUAUACACCCAGUAGUUUAAACUCUGAAACCCUCUCCAGUUCAGUAGGCCCGAUAUAAAUAGGAGCAGGAAUUGGACAGGACUUCUUGAAGGUGAUCCACAUAUCUUUGGUAAUGUGGUGGGGGCACAAACUUGUCCCCCACCAUACAAACGUCUGUAAAUUUUCGCAAAUUCGCGGAGCUAUAUCUUCACUCGCUUAAGACGAAUCACUUUAAAACUUGGCAGUUGUACUACAUGUAAUUUACAGGCGCUCUUUCCAGUGCUGUCGACCUAUUUUCCUCAGCUUGUCCAUGUCAAAAGUUGAAAAAAAACUGUGAAGGGGUCUAUUCAGUAUUAAAUAAUCUGAUUUUUUCCACCUGUUGUUACUAACCGUGCUGAGGCUUUUUACUAUUUUAUUUCGUUCUUCAGAGUUGAUUGCGCAGUUAAGAAGUGAGAACAUUAAGUUGAGAGAGAAACUUGAAGAAACGGAGGAUAAAUUAGAGGUGAUUUGAAAAACGGUGUACUAAUUAAAACUUAUUGGAUUCAUUACAACGUAUAUGUUUCUAGUGUUUUUGUAUAUUUUCUUGUUACAUGUAACGUUUGUCAUGAGCAAAUUGGCAAAGCAAGUCUUUUAACUAUUAAACAAACGUACAAGUUGAGAAAACUUUAAAAAGUGGGCCACUAUUUUUCUGGUUCACCCAACUGAACGAAAUCUGUUUUAAUCUUUCCCAUCUCCUUUCAGGUAGUUUUGAUUAUUAUUCUUUUUUCCCUCUUUGUGUUCUUCUAAAGUUUCAAGCGGUUUUGCAAUAAUGCAUUGGACUGCAAUUAAGUCCUUCGCUCCUUCCCUACGAACGACUUUCUUGGGAAAGGAACGCGUAACAAAACCUUAAGAACGUCCGCGUGGGAGGCCUCUUGUCUCGGAAAGCACUCAUAUAUCCCAAAGGACAGUUUAACACAUGCGUAGUACCAUAAGAAUUUAGGGAAAAGAGGGGUGUUAGUCUAUAAGGAAAUAAAGUUUUUUUGGUUUAUAUGUAAUAUCAGAUUAUAAUUUAUUUGUUAUAUUGUGUUGUUAUUAAUAGGAAAUCCGUACCAAGAUGGAAAACACUCUUAAUGAAAGUCAAAACAAGAUUCAUGCUCUUGAAGAAAUGCUGGGCAAAGAAAUGAUGGUAAAAUUGUUGAUGUUCAGUACUGUUUACUUCAGUUAGUACCAACGAUUUUCUGUUCUGCUAGGCGAUUUCAUUUCUUCUUUUAUUGUUUUUCAUGUCCACCGCUUGUCACCUCUCACAAGUAAAAGGUUUCGUCUUCUUACUCAUCAUGACAAGCAAAGAUCAUUACGAAACGUCUACAAAAAAGCAAUUUUCUUCGAUUUAGAUCACUCAAGAGUCAACGCCGUACCAUUUUUUUAAAACAAAUAAGUAAAGAAAAGCUUUAAAUAGGCCAUUUCCUAGUUCUAGAAACUCACUUUCAAAUCGAGGCUAAGAGCAAAACCUUUCUUGUGAAAAUGAGUUUUAUAGUCUGAGUUUUAUCUGAAUAAGAAUAAAAAAACAUUUUUGCACUAAGCCUCGCCUUGAAACAGAGGCUUGGGGAAACGCAAAAUGGCCUAGUAAUCGGCAUCUCACUAAAUUAUUUUGCGCGUACAUGUCACUCCCUCUAAGGACAAACAACGGUGGUUUCCAAUAAUCUUCUAGAUUUAAAAAACAGCAAUUUCAAAACAGCAAUUUGACCUCAUGUUUUUCUUUUCUUUUCCUAGAGAAGUAAAGAGUUUGGUUACAAGCUCGAGUGUUCGUUGAAGCAGAGUGAAGAGAACUUUAGUGAGGCUCAGUCCAGAAUUAUCCAGCUUCAAGAGGCUUGUAACAGCUUUGAAAGCAAAAAUCAGGAUUUAGAGAAUAAACUUUUGGAGAUGAUUGAGAAAGAACAGUCUGCAGAAGAAAGAGCGAGGUGCUGGCAAAUAUAGCAUUAUGUAGUUAGCGCUGUUGGUCUGAUAGGUUACAAGCCUUCUUUAACGUUCCGUAUAGGUACAUAGACAAAAUAGAAAAGAAUGAUGGUAAAUUUUAAACUCAGUGAAGAAAUGAGAAAAGAUGUGAUCAUCACGUCACGAGCGCGGGACAAAUAAAUCUGAGUCCCGACAGGAAUUCGGAACCUGUGACAUUCCACAACACCGCUCGGAUGCUCUACCCACUGAGCUACGAAGUACUCGCGGUAUGCUAGGCCAUAUACAAGGUUGAUAUAUGCAUGCGUACUGCGAGGACCAACAAUGUCGAAAGCGUUGUGUGUGUGUUAAAUAAAGAGUGAUGGCCGUAAGGUCGGUGAAGAAACGAAAAAAGAUGUGAUAAUCAUGUCACGAACACGGGACAGAGAAAAAUCUGACAGGAAUUGAACCUAUGACGUUCUGCACAACGGUGAAUACUUUAAUUGUUUCUCAGGUCGAGGUAGACUUUUUCUCAGAGAGGCGGUCGAGUCGAGGAUGGGGAGAAAUGCCGCAGGAGCAGAAAUAUUAUAUUGAACCCAUGAUUAAUCACUUUGCAUUGCUGAAGUCGAGAGUUGGACAAGGGUUAUUUAAAAAUGCUGAGCCAAUUUCCAUGUCUUCUGUUCUUUAAUUUCAGAUGUUUAUCCGUAGAAAAAUUAUCCCUUGAAAGCAGACUUGAAGAAUGCGAGACUGAUUAUGAACAGCGCCUUUCUAUCGCCAACGACCAGGUCGAGUCACUUCAAGAAGAGCUUAAAAGGUAUACUCCUAAACAUUUACAUGCUUUUCAAGACUUUCCAAAAGCCUUUAUUUUGGUAGAUGAAUGUUAAUACUUAGCCUGGCAAACCCUUAAGUGUAAAUGAAAUAGUUUGUUCGGCGCAUGGCUCUUUCCACCGAGAAAGGAUUUGCAGACAGCUAGCGCCGUAAGGGCAGAAUCUCAGCGGAAUUGGAGUGGCAAGAAUCAGAACGUUUCCGUUCCGUCGCUUGUGAUCUAGUGAAAAUCAGACUGUCGAAGUCGGAGCAGAAGUAGAAGGAUAAACAAAUCGCAAUGCUCGUAUCCUUGCGUCGUGAUUGGUCUAGUUUGACGGAGUCGUAAGCAGGAUCUGCGGAACCCGUUUUUACUAAAUCAUAACGUAUAUUUAUAUUGGAUGAGAUGGGCUCUCUUCUUUUCGCUUAUCUCCUGAAACAGGCUUAACUAACAAGUAACUGCAACGGUAGAAAAAAAACAACAUUGUGGAAAAAAAGGAUAUGCUGCUAUUGCACGAUAAAAAUGAAUGCACUUAAGAUUUGGCUUGGUAGAGCUCCCACAACCUCGUUCCGGGAAAACGCCGUGGGAACGAAGUUGGCUCUUUUCUACAUUCCUUGCAUGUUUGUGGAAAUAUCUUUUUUUUUAGGUGCGAAGAGACAUUGACGCAAAAUUUAAGAUCGUUGACAGGGAAAUAUCAAGAUCUGGAGGAUUCCUACUGUGAGUAAAAACAACUGCAAUGCGAUGCAGUAGGCUUCCUGCAAGCGGGCUUUUCGUUUGGAAUCACUUUUAUAGGUUACUCCCACCAAUCUCGCGUGGAACAAGCGUGAUGAUCCAUCACGAUUCCCAGUGGAUGCUUGCAGGCUGUACAGUGGGAAUCGAUAGUCUACACUCCAUUUCUACUUUUUCGACUUCUUGUCCUGGUGUUGUUACACCGGUUUUUUUUUUCUAUGCUCCAGAAGUGUAGCAUCUUGUAGCGUCUGUUCAUGCGAAGUACAAUCAAACUAGAUUCAACCUGCCAUACAAAUACAUGUAGUACGUAUACGGAGAUCUUGGCUUUUUGUGGAAUUCAAGCAAGUUAGUAAUGAACGCCAGAAAAUCGGUUUAUGAGGGCCGAAGGGAAACUGGAGAGAAGGUAUACCCCUAUUCAGUUUCCACUGACUGCAACCUCCCUCUGAAUUUUCUCAAGCGUGAUUGUUAUUCAUUCAAAAUAUUUCGCUGUUACUGAUCGACUUCAAUCCCCGGCUAAUUCUGUAUUAUCAACUACCGCUUACUAUAUUUGGAAGAUCGAGCAGUAUAAGAGUGUACUACACAUUUUUUUUCUAAAUUCUAGCAUUCUUUCAGUCGGAAGCAGAGAAGGAGAAGCAGCUGAUCUUAGCAGAGUUGGAAGUUACAAAAGAUUGUCUACAGAAAAGGUCAGCCUAGUAUUCUGUAACAUUUUUAGAAUUAUUUCCACAAGGGAGAUUGUCAGCCUGCCAAAAAUGUGUCGUAAAACCCAAGUAUACUUAAGCUGAGUUGCUGAAAAAAACAAAGGGGUCGCCCCAUGGAAGAGUAUCUGGAAUCCUGGUUUUUGGAAUCGGGAAUUCAGCUCAAGGAAACGAUUGGAAUCCGAAAUCCAGAACUCAAGACUUUCUUGCAUUCCCUUGAAGCCUGGUUCUUAUAUGCCACCGAUGUAUCUGUGACGUAGACGCCGGUACCGCCUGGGCUACUUUUCGGACGAAAGAGAACAUGCGCCGCCUGCAACUGGGGCCAUCGCAGAGCUUUACCGCCGAAUUUGGCCAGUUUCCAAUAUUUGCGAAUUUAAUACUAACGACGAAAAUCCAUUGCGUUGCAUGUGUGAAGUUCGACGUUUAAAAUGGGCCUUACCCUUUUACCAUAAAACGGCCAAACAUUUUAGAUGCAUAAAAUAUAAAAAUAUCAACCGCUAGCCGUAUAAUUGUAAGAUUGUAAGAAACACAUUUUUACUGAUUUAUUUUUAUUUUUCUCGCCUGAAAGACGCGUAAAGGUAAUGUUACACGGGACGAUUCGCAGCGACGAUUUUGAGCGCAACACAGCGUAGCAAUGUUGGAACAAUGUUGCAACCAUUCAAAACAAUGUCGCACCAGUGUUGCAACGCUGUGUUGCGCCAAAUAUCGUCGUUGCGAAUCGUCCCGUGUAACAUCGCCUUUAGGAUCCUUGUCUGCUUUCUUUAAUUAACAUGUUUUAUAUCUCAAUUGUAAAGCCGGCAGGAAAGUGACCAGCAACAAAACACUUGCAUGUUGCUUAAACAACAAAGCGAAAAACUUGAAGAAGAAUGUGACCAACUCAAUCAACAACUAGGGAGCUCUAAGGUAACAAAAAUGAACUUUCCUGGCCCCAAAUGCGCAAACUUUGGAUAACGCUAUCCAAUGAAUAUAUCACCAUCCAUAGGUAUUAGUAUAAGUAUUAGACUAGGGGAAAAAAUAGCGUUAUCCCGGCACUGGAUAAAGAUUUAUCCACCUUUCAUGCACCUGGGUCCAGGACCCGCCUUACAGUCCUCCCAAUUUAAUGUAAAAACAGGCGAAAUAUUUUGCUGUCUUCAAGAAGAUUCGGGGGUACUUUUUACAGCCGUCUGGCGUAAACUACGUAGCGUGACGUACCACCAUUACUUUUUUUGACCACGAAUCCUUCGAAUCUUGUUUAGCCUGUGAUGUAGAUGUAAUCUUACCCCGAACAGAGGUUUAGUUUCGCCUGUGACGUAAGCCAUCUAAUUUUUUGAAUACCAAAACGUGUCCCUAGAAAAGUCAACCUACCCUAAAAGACCGCCAAAAUUCUUUCAUAAAAGAAACUCGAAUUCAAAACCCGAUAAAAAAAAAUCCUUUGCACCUCCCUGUCACCAUAAAUCCCGAACACCUCGCUCAAGACUCUUUCCCAUCUUGUGAGAUGAUUUUUUUUGUCUUCUUUUUUAGGCUGAAAAAGACUUCAUGAAAGAUCAACUAUCGCAGUGUCAACAAGAACUUGCAACAGCUCAGGUCAAACUUAGAAAAGUGUCCUUCAUUUGUUAGCCUCAGAAUUUACAUCUUACAUCCCUUUCACACGGGUCCGGACAUUUCGAACGGAUGUAUUUUUUGCCUGUUCAACCCGUUUACACGGGACAGUGCAAAUUCUGUUACAGCUUGCAGUACUGUUUGCCGUUCAUAAACUUUCACGGUUCCACGGGUCCCGUGUAAACAACAGGCGGAACCUCACAAGUUUUUGCCCCUUCAAAAAUUGUCCUGGCCGUGUACACGGGGUGUUAAUCUAUAAUUUACUUGGCAUGAGUAUUUUGAUACUCCGUUUCAAGUGUCUGAAUGUUUGUGUUUGAUGUUGUCGUUUGCUUGUUUGUUUUAGGCUGAAGUUAAAGCCAUUAGAGAGAAAAUGGCAAAACAGUUAGAGGAAACGGAAUUUACCAAAGAUUCUCUCAGGAGUUCACUCGAAGAGGUAAGUUCCAAAUAUACCUCUACGAUCCCAUUCUUUUAUUUGUUUUUAUAAUUUGCCGCCAGUUUUUGGUCUUCGAAACUGAAACUGAAAGACUGUUUUAAAAUGUAUGCAACAAGCGAUCGACUACGUUGCCCAUGUGAAACAGCUGGUAGCUUUUAACUUCCUUUAACUUGAUUACUUUAUGUUGUGCAUUCUCCACCAGGCUCACAAGACAAUUAAUGAACUUCAUCAGAAAGAAGAGGACAUAACUAAAGAGUUACAACACACACUAAGGUUUGUUCAAGACAAAUUCAAAACUGAGGUGUGUUUUUUUUAGUUGUUAGUAGUAGUUGAAGUUCUUAACAUUUAGAAAUUGGUCCACUUUGAACUUUUCAAAAGUCAGAUUCAUGCGAAAUGUACUCAGUUUAGUGGUAGUUCGUUCUUUUUAUUCGCCCCUUUAAUUUGUUUUUGUCAUAAAUAGCGUUCGAGAACAACGAAAUGAGGAAUUGGAAGAACUUAAAGAGCAACUGGACAGGUAAGAUACGAUAACUUACCACAGGUAUAUCUGCAGUAAACUGGCUGCAAUAUUUGCUUUCAUAUCGGCUGUUUUGUGGGCGCGUGUGACUGAUUUCUAACGAAUUUCCUUUAGGGUAAUAAGCCAAACCAAAGAAAAUGAAAGGAAAUUAAAGGAAGAAGUAGGCAGGUGUGUGUCGUUUUUUUUUUGUGUGUAGCCUGUUCCAGGCGUUCAGACAGGAGAGCACGCGCAAACAAUUAACGACGAAAGAAAAAAACCAGGCGCCCCAGUCGACCCUCGUUUUUUUUUCGACCCGCGUAGGCCGCGCUCCGUCCCUAGAGAGGUUGCUCGAAGGCAGGAUAAUUUCGAUGCAAAUUACUCACAAAAUAGCUUGUUACAGGCGCUCAGAUAGUAGAGCGGUAGAAAACUGAAAUUUUGGGGUAUUCUGUAUAAUUUUCUCAGCGUGUGUCUUCCGGGGCCUUGCAUUCUGUGCAUAGGUUAAUUCUCUUAGAGAUUUGUUUUAAAUAAAUAAAUAGUAUCUAUUUGGUUUUGGGGCACAGUAAUCCUUGGCCCCCUCUUUCUGAAUUUUCUUGAUCUGCCCCUCCCAACACAGCUAGAGCUCUUCAGAAGAGAUUUGCUUAUUAAUGCACAUUUUUAUGUUAGAUAUCAUUCGGAAGCCACUGCAUUAGAAGAAAAAUUAAAGGAAACCGAAGAGAACUUUACAAGGUAAGAUGCCGUGAAAGGUACAUUGUAGAGAAACGCCCACGACGGAUUCGAGAGCACAUCUCUAAGCGUAUACUACUCUUUCGUGCUUAUUAGAACGCCUAUUUUCGAGUUGAGCCUGGACCAUUCUUGUUUUCCGGGGAGUAUGAAGGAAAUCUGAUAACUUUUAAGCUACAUAUUGAUAUAGACAAGAUAACACAAUGAUUGUAGUUUUCACGUUAGUGAAUUGUACAAGUACAAUGUAAAUGUAAAUAUUGACCAUACCCAUUAGGAAUGUGUUGACAGAACGAAAUUUUAGUGCGCUCUGAUUCCAUGUAGGACAUUAUAUAAUUUAAAUUUUCUGGAUUUUGGAAAGUAAAAGCAGUGAGAAAAAAAGUUCCUCCGGUAUGUUCUUAGCAUGUUCUUUUUUUCUGUCUUUAUGAUUUUUUUUUUGGCCUGGUUGGACGUUCUUUUAAAAAUUGUUCUUAUAAAAAAGAGUGCGUAAGCCGCGUAGAAGAAAAAGUAAGAAUGCGUAGAAGGUAGACAUUGACAUAGGUAUGAAUUAAAUAUCAUGUGGUAAUUCUGUUUUAGGCAAAUAAAAUUAUAUGAAGAUAAAGCUACCAAAUCUAAAGAAGAGUUUGGAAGGUUAGUUGGACGUCUGUUAAUAAUAAAACGUAGAGUUGAGGAGAAGUUUCCUACUGACAGGGAUCCGUCGUUGCGUCGGUAGUCGUAGCCUACGAGCAAGCUCACCAUUUGAGGGAGUCGCGAGAAGUCACGCAAGAGCCGCACGCGAAAGGAGCCGCGUGUACUAGGGGUGGGGAAAGACAGGAGAGCUUUCAACGCUCGCGCGUGCGUUCUCUCGCGGUUUGCUUCGCUCGCCAUAAUUAGAACGUUUGGUCGCAGGUUACGGUAGUCGUGACUUUUUUUUCUCGUAAAUAGGGCACUUUUUCUUAUGGACCCUACGGGGAUCCCCCGACCAAAAGGGGUACAGUCGAAGUUCUCCUUGCGACCACUCUGGUUACGAUCACUUUUGUAGAACCUCGUUUGAACUGUGACUCCCCGGGGGGGGGGUACUUUGGGAAUUUCUGGGUGGGGAUGUGCCGCUGGGACCCUAGAACCCUUAACCUAUACCAGAGCUAGUUCAGCUGAAUUUUGCUACCCUAUACUAGAGUAAACUCCCCAAAUCCCCCCUAUCCUAGAGUAGCUGUUUCCCUAGUCUAGAUAAAAUCUUCAACCAACUGAUCAGUUUCCUGAAAAAAUGAUACCCUAUUCUAGACCCAAACUCUGUGAUUUAUAUACCCUAUCCUAGAGUAAAGUGCUUGAAAACCAUACCCUUCAAAGCGGCACAUACCUAUAUAGCCCAUAUAUGGCAGUACCCCCCGGGUGUGACUCAUACUUUGUAAUGAAAAGCUCUCUCAACUGGACUUUUCCUUUGUUUUUAAGCUCUCGUAAGUAACCACUCAGGGUGUUAUUCAUAAUAAUCAACACUUUCAUGAAACUGCACACUGCGCUAAUGGUUCGUUGAUAAAGAUCUUGUACAGUGCAGUAUUUAUAUUUGCGAAAGUUCAAUUAAGUUGAGAUAUAAAGACGCUCAUUAAAAAUAAAUUUCAUCUGUUUUUCUUUAUGAAUUAUUAAUGAGUUUCUGAAGCUCUGGUAAGCGACCACCCUCUAUUGUUUUACCAUACGGUCACUUACGAGAGCUCAUUGUAGUAAGCGACCAGCUCUAGUUAUGACCACUUUUUCGAAUUUCCGAGGUGGUCGCUUACGAACGCUUCGACUGUACCACCGUAAAGUUCCCAAAGUCACAAUUGUGGUGAUAUAAUCGUAACUUCGUACGGCCCACGUACGAUACACGUUUUAGCGAUAGGAAAAGGCUGCUAAAUCCGAAAGUAACGAGGGUCUUUACUUUCGGAACUUUAUGGUAGGUUUGGAGGUACAUAAAAUUGUAGCCUAAGGAUUUCACGGGUUGGGUUAUAGAAAGGAAAAUGAGGGAUUUUUCAAACGGGUAUCUUAGUAUCUCGAACGUGACACACCUAACGGUUGACAGCUAAAACAUUUCUGUAGUUAGAUCAUGAGGGGUGCCAUUCCCAUUGAAAGUAUUUCUGGACCAAGGGGUAUGUUAAGUGCAAGCAUGGUGUAAGGGUUUGGACCUUAGUCGGGGCGAAUCUCAGUUCCCUGUACAAAAGUCUUUUGAUUUAGUACCCUACUCAUAGGGGAUAGAAAAAGGCCUAUUCCGUUAAUAUGCCAUCUUAUUUCUCCCAUGAAGGCGCCUGGUGGAGACUCAAAAGAAGCUAUCGCAAACAGAAAUAAAUUUCGACAAGUAAGUAGAAUGCAGGUCCGUACAGAUAUUGUCGAUUUUUCUUGCAUAACAUGACGACUUUCUUUCCUUUUGAAACUAGAUUCAGGAGCGAACAAGAAAUGUUAAUGAAUGAGAAGAACAAGGAAAUGGAAAGGUGGGCAUCAGUAGUAACGUUGUUGUCUUCUAUUCUCUUCUUUGUUUGUUUGUUUGUUUGUUUGUUUGUUUUGUGACGCGUCAUCAGUAUGAAAUUUCUGCGCUCGUUUCUCGGACGUCAUUUCGAGGGAAACCUGUGGUGGCCUCGCCGCGCCAAAUGUCGUCUGUUUUCUCAGGCUAAUUUGGAAUCAAGAAAUCCAAAGUUGAUGGUUUUGUUUGUUUUUUUUUAAAUAUUUCUAUACCAUUGUAAAUAAAUUAUGAAUUCUUCGAAUAAUUUCAGCUCAGGUUUGAUAGACUAUGACUCAAAAUGUGAAAAUAAUCUUGACAUAUCCCCUUUACACCCAUUUAUUUACCAUUUUCACAUAGACUUCACUAUACUGUGCCCAACCCCUCCCUCCCUCCCCAAAAAAAAAAGGAAAAAACAAGACAAGAAAUUUGCAUAACCAUUGUCUUCCAUUUCUCUUGGACGACUACCCGGGAGAAAUUGAAAACAAUGGUUAUGUUUUUUUUGGGGGGGGGGAGAUAAACAAGGUACAUUUUGGUCUGUGUGAAAAUGGUGAACAGACAUUUUUACCCAGUCUCACUUUUGUUCUCACGGUUGCCUUUUAAGGAAGUGCAACUGGCUACGGCUGUGUGAUUGGCGAACACAACUACUUUGGUUUGCUAUUCGACAUUUGCACAUCUGCCAUAAUACACUUUGAUUGCCCUCCUAAAUUUUGCAUAACCUUUGCUUUAUAUAACAGUCGUCCCGAGAGAAACCGAAGACAAUAUAUAUUAUGCAAACUUUUGGGAGCAAGCAAGGUGUAUUAUGGGAGAUGUGCAAACGGCGAAUUAUGACAUUCACUGAAAAUCCUCUCUGUUAUAAUUGUAUUGCUAUUGUUUUCAGGACUAUAUACCGGCACUUGGUAUCGCGCCUAACGUCUAUAAUUGAACGUUUUCCUUGCGUGUACAAUGUCGUCCAGUAGAACAUUUGUACGCAUUUCUCCAUAUCAUUGGUCACUUGCAAUUUUUGUUGCAAGGCGUUAGAAAAAACAUUGUAAUUACAACAUUUUCGUAAUCAUUGCAAAAUUAAAAUAGAACUUGACUUUAUUCGUGCAACUUGUCACAGUGUCGCAGCAAAAUCGUGUGUAACUUCUGUUUCACUUUAGGAAGAUAUUUGCUGCAGAAGAGGAAUUCAAUAGACUGAAGGCGGAAUUAUCCAGGUAAGGCUGACAAGGGCGGCUGGUUUCCAAUUCUUAGCAGUGUAAGCAAUUUGAGAUUACGACAUUAGGACACCAAAUUGUUUCAUACCUUGGCUACCAUUUUCACAAGCACUUCCGACUUAUGUCGAAAGCCCCCUUGGAAAUUUACGAAGGAAAGACAAAAUUAACAAACGCAGAAGAAGUACCAGCCAAUAUUAUGCGUUUUUUUUGUUUUUCAUUCAAUAUUGGGGGUAAGGUUAUAAGAGCUAUUGCCUAAAUAACUUUAUUGCCAGCCCUUGGUUACCAAGAGUAAUUGCAAUGCCCUUGUAAGGGAACGUGUUAACAAAUUAAGGACUUAGGAGGCUAUAUUUUAUAUUUGCUUAGGUUUUUCGUCUGCCUUCGUCCACCGACCCAUUUUUUUAAAAAAUAACAGAAAAAAGAAUUUCCUUUGAUUAAAAGUCCACAACAUCCUUUCUUCUGUGAAAACAAAUUCAGUUUCCUUGGAAUACUCUUUUACUUCCAAUAAUCAUGACUACCUUUUAUAUUUACCUUUAGUUAAAAGUGGUUUAAACAUCCAAAGAAGUUUCGUAGUUUUUUUUAAUUGCAUGCAUGAUCUCGCGCUAAGCUAUAACCUACACUUUUCUUUUUUGCCCCAUCAACUGACACACUUACUUUAUUAAGGGCGUGGCCAUAGUAAUUCUCGCCGAAGAUAAGAUUCACCGUAGUGACAGAGUCUCUUAAAGGCGCUUCAUGGUGUAGGGUGCUAAACGAACAUGUCCUAGCGGAAAAAAUGUCCAAGCGCUUGCCUCUGUUAUUGCCAACGAUCAGUGGCUCACAUUUCCAAGAAAAUAAGUCUUCCCGUCAAUCAGAUUGUCAGGAGAUAUUUUGGAAUAAGAACCAGAGAGAUUAUUGAUAAAAGUACCUUUUUACUUGGAAAAAUAAAACACCACCUCUGAAUAUAAGCACAAGUAAGAAAGACUUGUUACUUGUAAGGGGGCACUUUUUCUGGUUAGCAGAAACAGAGCAAAUGUUGAGGCAAAAGCCUCCUUUUAAAGAACUACGAAAACUGUUCCUUAUGCACGUUUGAUGUUUUUUUUUCUUUUUCAGCCAAGCCAGCAAUGACGACCAGUUAAAUGAAUACAAAGCGCAGAUUAAAAUGUGAGUGAUGUCUGCAGUGUAUUCAUUUGUUGUGAAAACUAUGUACGACGAAAAAAUGGGAACAUCGUUCGCCUUUUCUUUCUUCAUGGGGGAAAAGUCUUAAAGAGAGGAUUUACAUAUUUGUUUUAAUUUUUCAGGUGGCAGACUAAGUACGAAGAGCUUUGGAAAAAGAUUGAGCCCUUUAAGGUCCGUUUAAAAAUCUCUUAUGUCAUGCAGUUAGUUAUCUUUUAUUCCCGUAAAAAAAUACUGUCGAAUGCCCCGUAAGCGACCUCCUAAGGUGCGAAGAUUUAGUGGUCGUUUACAAGAGGUCUUACUCCUGGCAACGUGCUCACAGGUACCACGCGUUGUCCAUUAUAACGAGAGUUCGAACAAUAAAAUUGGGAUGUCGUGAUCGAAAAGGGAGUCCCGGUUUAUGUCCGUGGCAUCUAGAGUCCAUAAUAGCGUGAGAUUAUCUCUAAUGUCUUUUAUCUAUUUUUGCUUGGGAUUUGCCUAAUGGCCGUAUUAUCGGGAUGUCCAUUAUUUUUAGCUAGGUGAACGUAAGGCGAAAGUUGGCUGUACUCAAGCGAAACGAGACAUGGAACGUUGUUUGUAGGCAGUCAGUUUGUGCGUGCAAUUCCCGAUUUCAAGAGGCCGCCGUGGUGAGCAAACUUUGGAGAUCUCGAGCUCAAGAGGAUAGAAAAUUCCGUGUCUCGCGUUGCGCCCCAAGCAUUAAACGGCUCUGUAACUAAUGAUUUCUUAGCGACAACGCUUAAAAAGCCAACACUCAGCAAAGUUCAAUAUUUACUUUCCCAAAAUUGAUACUUGUAUAUCACGGUUUCAGGAUCAACUGGAUGAAUACGAAGCUGAAAGGAACGCACUUCUUUCUCAAAAUAGCCAAGCUAAGGAUGAGGUAAAGCUUUGAAGCUGCACUCUAUUGAAAGAGAACAUACAUAUCUUCAUGCGAUUACUUUUGUACAGAGCAAGAAAAUGACAAAGGCGACACACAAUGAUUGUGGAUCUUUUCGGCCCCUUGGCAUUGGAUGCCCUAUUUUUUUUUUUCAACGAAAGCAGAGAGGUGCAUUGAUCGCGGCUGCCAUCAUUAUUGUUUUGACUCGCCCUAACUCUCUGUCAGUUUCAACCCCGAGGGAGACUCCCAUAUGAAAGAGGCGGGGAUGCUUGUCAUCUCGUUUAGGGGUGUAAUUUUCGGAUUUUGGUCACACUUAGGGUGUUCUGGGCAAAACGCCAUUAUAUUUAGCCGGAAAGGUCUCUUUUAGGGUUAAAAUAAUGUAUGGGUAAAAGUAUUCGAUGGUUAUGUCUUAGCCAUCAUUGAAAGUCGCUGUAUUUGUUAUUUGUCUGUGUUUUUUAAAAAAUGGUCUCUUUUAGGGGUCAAAAAAAGGUUGAGCCACGCCCAGAUUGGUCUCCUUUAGGGGUUUAAUUCAAAAUUUCCCACGAGCAUCCCCGCCCCUUUCAUACGGGAGUCCCCCCUCUCCGUGGGUUUCAACCUUCCAGAUGGUUGGAGAACAUUUAUCGUAUCAUCGUUCGUAUUGCAAAAUACGCCUGCUUUACAGUCUAAAGGAGCUCCAUCUUCUAUCCUACCUAGUAGGGGUUCAAAUGGUAGUAGACUGCGAGCAGUCUCCGCUCUUUUUGUUCAAAUGUAGUGAGGAGAGAGUCUCGCGCUUUUCACUCGACGGACUAAGAACAAAGAGGGACUGCUCGUAAUCUAAAAUGGGAGAGGAUCAGGUCAUUAGCCUUCAUCAUCUGUUGUGCUUUUUUCCUGACCGUAGGUUGCCAAGUUAGGACAGCAAUACGCCAAGUUAUUGGGCCAUCAGAACAAGAAACAGAAAAUUCACCAUGUUGUGAAGUUGAAGGAAGAAAACAUUUCUCUAAAAAACGUAAGUAUCCAGAUGCAAUUGUGGCGGGACAUGGAAAGAAGUGCGGAAAAGUCACUCAGUGGCUAUUGUAAUUAUGUUCGAGGCCGAAAGUGUUGGCAUUCGACAGAUUCGUAUCCAGUAGCUAACCACGAAUUUUAGUUGACUUAGGAAGACGUGAAAACAAUUUUUUAACCGAAUAGUAGCCUGCAAACCGAGAGUAAGCUUCUUAUCUGGGGAUACCACCAGAAGUCACUCGCGACUGGGACGCAUCGCCACUCGCUCUCGUUUGCUUGAGAUAAAGAGACGUCAAACUCUGAGAAAAUGACUUUUUUUUUUUUCGAGAAAAGCGGAAGAAAGUUACUUUAAAAAGGGGACAUGUUCCCAGAUUGAACAUGGUGGUACUCAGCAAGAGCCAAUAACCAAACGUCUGCCUUGUUCCCAGGGUCCUACCUCUCCCUCCGGAAAACGAGUAGGAGAGGAGCCUGACUAGUGACCUUCAAACCGAAACAUAACAUCCUAACGAUAUAAAUAAGGCUUAUUAGUUUCAAGCAUUUUGUUGGUUGUAAGAACAUAGACAAAAUUGGUAUUUAGCCAAGCAAUCGUGAUGACGAAAACCAUUUCGCGGUCAUGUUCGACCGUACAGCCGCCAUCUUGGUUUGUGCAUGUGACGAGUUAAAUCAGGGGAGUGGAGCGAGGAAGGAGGGAAAGGCUCCUGUUCCAGAGUACAUUUGAUUGCUAUAUAUGUAUAAGAAUAAUAAGGAAUGAGAUAGAGAGAAAUAAUAGGAUCGACGAAAUGUAGACCAAGUGGCAAAGCAUGGGGUAAAAGCUAUAUUGCCAGAAGGAGAAAAUAAGCCGAGUAUCUCCGAACUGUCUCAACUUUAAAGUUGUUUUAUCCUCACAGGAGCUCGCGAAACUCCGAGACCAAUGUGAGAAACAGAAGAGAACUAUCAAAAAACUGGAGGAAAGGGUCGAUCAGAUGUCUGGAAAGAAGAGAUUUAAUCCUGAAGAGGCUUUCUCGUACGCCAAGAAAGAAAAUUUGCCCCUGUCAGUAAUUUCAAAUGGUACGUACACUACCAUCAAAUAAGCACUGUUUUAACCCUUUAAAAUUAAACCCAAGAGUGACCAACAUCAAUUUUCUCCUAACGAUAUCUAUACAUGAUCAAGAGACUGGGUUAUGAGAAUUAAUAAAAUCACUUCAGUGAAAAUGCUUUGAUCUUAACACAAAUUCUCUCAACUGGUUUUUCAAGGAGAUGUGUAGAGAUCGGUGUGGAGAAUUUUUAUGUUGAUAUUGGGGCUUAAAGGGUUAAUAAAUGAACACAAACAGGAGAAUACGACUGUUCUUUUUAUUUUUUGUACAGGAAAUGGAGUGGUCAUGUCGUAAUCUUUCAGAAGAACGUUCCUGUCAAGUAUCUCAAAACAAGUCUGAGUAACACCGUGAUAUCGUUUCUUUGGAUUUUCAAAACGCGUAAUACGUGAGGUUCCUUGAAGGUGUUGCAAUAUGAAAAAGUAUGCGGUAAAGAGGCUACAAACUGCUUGCAUCUUCUAGAACGGACCGUCUUACUUUUGAGAAGCUGGUACAGCAGCAAUAAACCAAAGAGGGUGUUGCCAGUCAUUGACAUAAAAAUAUCAAUAUGGGAUCUUUUUGGAUCAAUUUAGGAUUCUAACGGUUAGCUUAGGGGAGGGGUAGGUGGGCAGUUUCCCAGAAAACUAAUUGAAAUAUUGUGUCAAGUAAAACAGUGCAAAGACAAUUCUUGAAAAACCCUUUAAGAGCCUGAGAACACAAUGAAAAUGUAUAUUUAGCAAAAAGGCUUUUAUUAAAGGCUCUUGUCAAGUUGGUAAAGAAAAAAUAUUUCAAAUCACAGCCACAUAACGAAUGUGACACAGCCUCUUUAAAUGUAGCAAUGAUAUUUCGGACCCUACCCCUCCCCUAACCCAACAUUUUGCCCUAAGUGAGAAGUAAGUGUUAAGGUUCACUUAGGGGAGGGGUAGGUGGACAGGUUCCCAGAAAUCUAAACUGAUCCGAUAUUUCUUGACAUGUUCUAACGAGGCGUCAAGUCCCUCAUUCGACGCCAAAGAGUUGGUAGCACUUGUGGCUUCCUUUUAAUGGCCGGUGCUUUUCCUCUGCGUUUUAUCCUUAAAUGUCUAAUUUUUUAGAUGUAAUUCUCAGACAGUUCGAG